AUGGCGCGCGAGGCCUGCGUGCUCGCGGCCGUCAUGGAUCCCUACACGCAGCGGGGCCAGCUCCCGAAGCUUCCGCCGGACUACCAGUCGUACGCGGCGGCCGACGGCCCGCUGACGAUGGACGACGUAUUCGAACAUCUCGCGCACGCCCUCGACCGGUGUCGCACGCCCGACAUUCUGGUCAUGGACGACUUCAACGCGCACAGCGUCCUGUGGGGCCCUCGCGAGGGAGACGACAGGGGCACUCGGCUGAUCGAGUUCGCGGCGGCUGCGGGCCUCGUGGUCCUCAACGACGCGUCCUCGCCCCCGACGGCGCUGGCGAAGUACCGCCGCGAGGUGGCGCGCGCGAAGGAGGAGGCGGACAGAGAGGUCUGCGACCGGUGCAGCCGGCGGUCACUGUUUCAGGCCCCCUUCCGUCUGGCUUUCGGGGACUCCCGGUCGCACAUAACGCUGCCUCCACUGACGCGGCCGGACGGCGGCCGGACGAUCAGGCGCCACAAAGCCGAGGGCACGCCCGUGGUGCUGAUAUCGCUGGACUUCCGGGGCGCUUUCCACAGUGUGUGGCACCCCCUCGUCACCAAAUACUUCAGGGACCGCGGCUGUCCGGCCAAUCUGGUCGGUCUGCUCGGGUCGUUUCUGGAGGGCCGCACCGUCGAGUACGCGUCGCACGCCGGUUCGGUCUCGGCGGAGACGUCGAUCGGCAGUCCGCAGGGGUCGCCCAUCUCCCCACUCCUGUGGAACGUGGUUGUGGACGGGCUGCUUCGGUUGCCGAUGCCGCCCGGGGUGCGGGUACAGGCUUACGCCGACGACACCAUUGUACUCGUGCCGGGCAAAAACAGGGCGCGCGUCAUGGAGGCCGCGGCGGAGGCGAUGCGUCGCAUCGAGCAGUGGACGAUCGACUGCAAGCUAGCGCUCAACGGCGACAAAACAUUCUGUGUCCUCUUCUCCUUCGGGAAGGGGGGCAUGGAGAAGAGCCACCCGACCAUCCGGUUGCAGGGCAGUACGAGGGGGAUGCCAUUUCGCUCGUCCGUGAAGCUCCUGGGCGUGGUGGUGGACAGGCGCCUGUCCUUUUUCGAGCACGCCGAGCACCUGCAGCGGAAGGCGGAGACGCUCGCCAUCAAGUCUCUGUCCUUCAUGCGCAUGCACACCGCCGUGGACUCCGCCCUGCGGCGCCGCCUAUACCGACAGGUGCUCCUGCCGGCGGUAGCGUAUGCGUCCCCCAUAUGGUGGUCGUCGUCGCCCGAUUGCCGGCUCAAGGCCCGCAUGACCACGGUGCAGCGCACCAUGUUACUUGCGAUCACGGGGGCGUAUCGCACCACACGGACGGCCGCGCUGCAGGUGCUCGCCAACCAGCCGCCCAUCGGGCUGGAGCUCGACAGGCUGAACGCGGAAUUCGCCCUGUUCCGCAUGCGCCGCGCGGUCACGUUCGGGGCACACACUUUCGCGCCCGACGAGGUGCAGUAUCCGCACGAUGUCUGGGGCGCCCAUCCAUCGGAGGCACGUGGGUAUCCCUUCGCGCGGCUCGAAGUCGCGGCGGCUCGCGCGUGGUCGUCGGCACCGGGAACACACGUAUACACCGACGGCUCCCACACGUCGCGGUCCGCGGGCGCGGCGGUGGUGGUGUUACGGCCGCGGGGAUCGAUAGUCGCCGUUCGAAAAUUCCGCCUAACGGUCGCCUCGAGCGCCUAUUGCGCCGAGGUGAUAGCGCUUGCCGAGGCUCUCAAUUAUUUGGAGACACAUGGGUGGCAGCCUCCGGCGCACAGUUACGUAGAUAACCUGUCGCUCCUCGCCGCGCUGAGCAGCGUGGUCACUAGGGACGCGCGCGUCGCGAGUAUUAAGGGCGCGCUGGACCGUCUGCAGAGACGGGGCGCCUUGUUGCUGUUCCACGUGUCCGCCCACCGGGGCAUCUUUGGGAACGAGCUGGCACACUUGGCGGCGGGCUCUGCGGCGAUCUCGGGCGUGGACCGAAGGUCGCACCGGUCCUUCCGCGUCGUGAGGGCCGCGUUCUCGGCCGCUGUGCGAGUGCGAUGGGCCGUGGAGUGGCGCGGGGAGCACUCCGACACCGAACUCUACAAGUGGGUGCCGGACAUCGCUCACAUACCGCGGGACUUUCCGCCGUCUCGGCGGUUGGCAUGUCUCAUAACUGUCCACGGAAGGUUUCCCUAUUACUUCCAGCGCUUCCGCAUCUCGCAGGACGCGCGCUGCCCUUGCGGGGCGCCCUGCCGGGACGUGCGGCACUUUUUCGAGAGCUGCGCGAAGAACGUCAGCGACGAAUGCGACGAUGAGUGCGCCGGCCGCCGUUGA